AUGGUGGUUGAUCUAGAGGAAUCUCAAGAGAGUGAAAGUAUAGUGGCAGAGAUGAAUCAAGAAAUGCCAGUUGUGGAAAUUAUUGAUACAAAAAAAUCAUUAGAAGAGGUUCCAGACCUUGCCCAUACAAUGAUAGUGAUUAAUGUGAUGCAAGAACAAGUUCCUGCAGAGAAAAGUGCAACAAUUAGUGCUCCCCAAUGGUUGGAAACCUCUGUUAGUAACAAAAAGAGGAAUGUAGUUCCAGCUCCAUUUCCAAUAGAGGACAUGCCUGCGGAGAGAAAGUCAUUCAGAGAGGAAUUGCAAGCAAUGUUGUUAAUGGGAAUUGUGGCUUUGUUUACAUUGGGGGACUCCAUUGUUGAUCCAGGCAAUAAUAAUUAUCUUCCCACCAUUGCUAAGGGCAAUCAUCCCAGAUAUGGUCAAGAUUUUACUGAUAAAAGACCUACUAGUCGACUUUCUAAUGGAAAACUCACAACACAUUUCCGAGCUGCAUCAUUAGGGUUAGAGGAUAUGCUUCCUGCAUAUUUGGAGCUUGAUCUCAAAACCCAAGAUUUUCUCACAGACGUCAGCUUUGCUUCAGCCGGUACUGGAUAUGAUAACCUCAUAGUCAUGUCCUACAGCGUGAUACCUAUGUGGAAACAAGUAGAAAUGUUCAAGGAGUGUAAGGCGUGUUUGGAAGAUACGGUGGGAAAGGAAAAAUCGUCCAAUAUAAUUGAGAAAGCACUAUUUCUGAUGGUUGCUGGUACCAUCGAUUUUAUAAUGAAUUACUUGUCACUUCCUAUCAGAAGAAAUGAAUUAAACGUGGAGCAGUACUAG